AUGACGGAAACCACAUUGUGUGUUCCUGUUUUCAAUGGCGAUGCCCUAAGGGCGGGUAACUACGUGCGCUUCUUUACAAGAAGGGCAACGUCUUACCCUGCUCGCCAGUCCGGUCCGUCUCAGGCUUCGGACUUUGUUGGGUUGCUGGAGGACUUGGAAAGUUCCGUCGCAGCCCUCCUUCCCCUAGUUCGAGUGCCGGUUUUCCCGGUUUAUACGGGUAAACCGGGUAGGAAGCGAAUCGCUUCCACUUGUAACGCAUUGUGCUGCGCCUUUAUCAGCGUAUGGCCGUCCUGUCAAUUUGAUUUGACGGCCAAUGUUGCCAACUGCCGUGCGAUGGCCGGCCUAAGAGACAUUGUCUCCUGGGUCUUGCGCGCGUACGGCGGUAACGGAGAGGCCUUCGUCGCCAAGUCCCUUAAGGGGCUGGCGGCAUGGCUUCGUUUCCUGGCUGGCAACCAGCUACAUGCUAAACCUCCCCCUCUGCUGCGCUUCCCCUUCUCCAAUGAAGUGGGGGAAGUCUCGCCGGAUUUGCUCUUCCGAGGUAGCAUUGCUAACUCGGCGAAAUGCCAGAAGUCGCUGUUGCGAUUUUCUCGCUUCGCCAGAGCGCUGCCAGCUGGCGGGGGGUGGGCCGUGGAAAUUGCCUUGCGCGAACAUCGUCGCGAGGCUACCUCUUGCCCCCCAGUCUUGCCCGCACUUGCAGACCGCUUCUUUGAAGUGGUCCAAAAAGUGACUAAGGACAAGUUGGAAGGGCUGGAGGAUCCCGGAUUCACCCUUUCAAGAGCAGUGCUUGUUUGGAGAGAACCCGCGCCUGAGGGGCUGGUCCACCACGUUUGUGUGGAACAGGCCUUCGGCUUACCAGCUCCUAUCUCUGUCCCUACUUGGGACGAGGCAGAGCCAGAGAUCUCUCUUCCAGAGAGAUACAUGCCGACCCACAAGGUGAUCUGCGUCCCUGAUAGGGGCGCGUUCAAAGUGAGGGUCAUAACUGCCGGUCCGGCUGCAUUGCAGUCGUUAGCUCACCAGGUACGCAAGGUCCUUUACCGGACCGUCCUUCCCUUCUUGCCCACACGGUGGGCUUUGGUGGAUGGCGGUCUACGUAAGUUCCUCAACCAAGUGGCAUUGCCACCCGGUGCGGAACAGAUGGGUUUAGGACCCUGGGUGGCGCUAUCAUAUGACAUGAAAGCAGCCACUGAUCGAUUCCCGCAUUAUCUCAUAGAGAGCAUCAAUGAUGCAAUCGAAUCCAAUCUUACAGCGGUUCAGCGCGCCUCCCCAAAUUGGGUGGCACAUCGCAGCCUCUCGGGGCCGCAGAAGCUGAACUACGGGGAUGAGGAAAAUGAAGAUAUUAUUAUUUCUUCCUGUGGGAACUUGAUGGGCACCGCCCCUAGCUGGUCACUGCUUAAUCUGUUCAACUAUUCGUUGUUCAGAAUUGCGUGGUCCAUUUGGAGCGAUCGUGCCCUACGGAGAAGGUAUCCUGAGUUGGUCUCCGCCACCGCUUCACGGUCCGAUAAGUAUCGUACCCCAGCGGUUUGGCGGAAGUUAUUACAGGUCACCCGGCUGGUGAUCGGUUCAGAGGAUGAGCUGAAACAUUGUUUUGGCUAUCCUCGGUCUCUCCCGAAGUUUAACACAUUGUGCGCACUGUGUGGAGAUGAUCUGGCUGCUGUUUGCCCGUUAGGGGUCGCUGUCGUUUACGAGCUUCUUUUGGAGCUGGCGAACGGUCGUGCUUCCCCAGGCAAACAUUAUAUACAGCCCUUCCGGCCGGGCUCCUACAUGCUAUUAGCAGAGGAGUUCCUUUCUAUAGGAGAAUUACAAGAAACGAUUAAAGAAAUAGAAUCAGGAAAUUUUGAUAUGGACAACGAUAUUGUAUUUUUAACAAGAAAAGAAAGGGAAUUAGGAUCCGACGGUGGAAGAACUUACUGCUCUCAAACAUUUAGACAACGUUUGCAACAGACUGUAUGUGAAGGCAAUAUCAAAAAGAGCAUUUUUCCAUAUUUCCCUCAACAAACCAUGUCCGAUUCUGAAUUAGCAGAAUUAGCAGAACAAGAAGGUAGCAAGGCGGGUAACUACGUGCGCUUCUUUACAAGAAGGGCAACGUCUUACCCUGCUCGCCAGUCCGGUCCGUCUCAGGCUUCGGACUUUGUUGGGUUGCUGGAGGACUUGGAAAGUCCCGUCGCAGCCCUCCUUCCCCUAGUUCGAGUGCCGGUUUUCCCGGUUUAUACGGGUAAACCGGGUAGGAAGCGAAUCGCUUCCACUUGUAACGCAUUGUGCUGCGCCUUUAUCAGCGUAUGGCCGUCCUGUCAAUUUGAUUUGACGGCCAAUGUUGCCAACUGCCGUGCGAUGGCCGGCCUAAGAGACAUUGUCUCCUGGGUCUUGCGCGCGUACGGCGGUAACGGAGAGGCCUUCGUCGCCAAGUCCCUUAAGGGGCUGGCGGCAUGGCUUCGUUUCCUGGCUGGCAACCAGCUACAUGCUAAACCUCCCCCUCUGCUGCGCUUCGCCUUCUCCAAUGAAGUGGGGGAAGUCUCGCCGGAUUUGCUCUUCCGAGGUAGCAUUGCUAACUCGGCGAAAUGCCAGAAGUCGCUGUUGCGAUUUUCUCGCUUCGCCAGAGCGCUGCCAGCUGGCGGGGGGUGGGCCGUGGAAAUUGCCUUGCGCGAACAUCGUCGCGAGGCUACCUCUUGCCCCCCAGUCUUGCCCGCACUUGCAGACCGCUUCUUUGAAGUGGUCCAAAAAGUGACUAAGGACAAGUUGGAAGGGCUGGAGGAUCCCGGAUUCACCCUUUCAAGCAGUGCUUGUUUGGAGAGAACCCGCGCCUGA